CCUGCCAUCAAAACAUGCAAUUGCUGCAUAUUUUGUUACCACGUUUGCUCUUCUUUGCUAAUGCGCAGGUUCGCACCAAAGACUAUCGCGACAGCUAUUCGAUGUCCAUAAAACAAACAGGCAAAACAGCAUUCUAUAACACACGUCGCCGAAUGGUGAAUGCAACUAGCAUGACCCAUAUGACAGUCGGAUUGCCAUUGUAUAUAAAAGGAGUGAGACCUUCCAACGCUUAUAAAGAUUAUGCUCUGACUACGAAUUAGGAAUACAGAAUAUCCAAAUGCUUAGCCUUGUUACGGACCAUUUAUUACAAACAGCCGAUCCGGUGGUUUUUGGCGGGAUUCUCGGUACCAUCGGUCUGUUGGCUACACUUCGUGCGCUGGGUAAAUCGCAAGAAAAAGUUCAUCCCUCUUUGUCACUGCCACCGUAUGCUCCAGGAUGCCAUCCAAUUCUCGGCCAUUUGUUGCAAAUUAUGCGUCCUAUUACGGCCCAGGAACUAUUUCGUCAAUGGAGCUUGGUGGUCGGCCCGGUAUUUACUGUCCAAUUUGGUCAAAAACGCUGGAUCAUUCUCAACUCGAUGGACGCCGUUAAAGAUCUCAUCGUCAGCAGAAGCACAAUAUAUUCUUCAAGAGACCUGCCGGAUGCUCUGGUGAACGAUAUCAUGGGCGGAGUGGAACAUGGCGGUGGUUUUGCAUUUUAUCCCUAUGGCAAAGAAUGGCGCCAUCUGAGACGCAUUGCCCACUCUGGACUGGUCAAAAAGAAGAUUGAUUCUUACCAGCCAAUUCUUUCGGAAAGACGCGAUGUGCUGCUCAGCAAUAUUUGGAAAGCUCAGAUGAAACAAGAACCACUGCGGCUAACCGAUAUCAUUGAGCACUUUACCAUGACGACGGUACUUUCGAUUGCUUUUGGUGACAUUUGUUCGUUUGAGCCAGGCGAUGAAAAGCUUCAUGAAGCUUUUGCCCUGACCGAACAAACCGCGGCCAUCUUUGGGCCUGUCGAACAACUUCGUGAAUUCUUUCCUGUAUUGAAGAAAAUCCUACCGAGCCGACAAGCGGAAUACGCGCGGAUUCGGGAGCGAGGCUUUGAGUUCUAUGGCGGGUUCCUAGCUCAACUGAAGACUUUGCUUGAACAAGAACCUGGUGCCGUAAAGGAUUGCUUUGUCAAGGAUAUUUUGAUCAAAGGCGAAUUAACAGACAUGCAAAUCAUCAACUUGAUCACUGUGUUUGUCGGUGCUGGAUCGGAAACAACCGCUUCCACCAUUGAGUGGAUGAUUGCUUUACUUGCCAAUCAUCCUGAAUUCCAGGACCGUGUCUAUGAAGAAAUUGAAGCCUACAUCGGAUUAGAUCGUCUUCCCGAUGCUGAAGAUGAGCAUAAGCUUCCCUAUCUUCAAUGUGUAAUUCACGAAACGCUUCGCCUGCGUCCACCAGCUCCUCUGUCUGUGCCACAUGCGACCAGUGAAGAUGAUGUGUAUGGAAACUGGUUUAUUCCCGCCAAUACUACGGUGAUCAUGAAUUUACACGCCAUCCAACAAGACCCCGUCCGAUAUCCCGAGCCUCAAAAGUUUAUACCCGAACGUCAUAUGGAGUACGUGACGAUGAACAACAACAAGCAGCGAAUUACCCAAACCGCCGAAGACAGACCUCAUCUGGGAUUCUCCACGGGACGCCGGGUGUGCGUUGGUAUUCAUUUGGCUGAACGCAGUCUUUUUAUGGCUGCGGCUGGUCUGUUGGCAUGUUUUAAAUUUGAACGGGUGCACCAAGAGCCGAUCCAGGUAGAUCUGCCCAAAGACAUCCGGUCACCGACCUUCACACCGCAACCUUACGAAAUCCGUGUGGUACCACGCCACGCCAAAGUGCACCAUUUAUUUCAGGCAUAACGUUUGUAUUUAGUAGGCUUUUAAUCUUAUAUCUUUUCCAAGCAUUCCAUCCUUUCAAUAUUUAUACGAUAGCAUCAACAAUUGAAUAAACUUUGUAGAAUUUUUA